GAACGCACUAAUGGCACCCGGAGCGCUCCGUCGGGCAAGGCGCGGAGCAUCCUAUCCGAAAGGAUACCACUGUCCGUGUCAAGGACAUUUUUAAUCCAAAGUGGUUCAAAUAGUAUUUUCAAAGGGUGCAGGGGAAGAAUUCGCGUUGGAGAGCAAGUCUCCGAAGUCCAGCAUAUAGACAUCAAGCAUAGAGGCCGAUGCAGUAGUCUGCCGCCAUGGCCUCAGAUGCAAGUCACAUGUUGGAGGCGGCCUUGGAGCAAAUGGAUGACAUCAUUGCAGGCUCCAAGGCUGCAGCCGAGUACACCAACGGCCUGUUUGAGCUGGGCUCCCCGGGCAGCGCGGGACCCCUGCAGGUGCUGCAGCUGGUUGAGGACCUGAGGCUGGCCCUGGAGCUGCAGCCCAGAGAGGAGGAGAGGGACACCCUGAGGGCCCAGGUCCCCAGCAGCACCGCUCACAUGCUCAUGGACUGGCUGGACAUGGACAGGUGCUCAGAAAGGGUCUCGGUUAACCUCUGCUCCCCGGUGAACAAUGAGAGCUAUCAGGAGCGGCUGGUUCGCUUAGAGGGGGACAAAGAGUCUCUGGUGCUCCAGGUGAGCGUGCUCACAGACCAAGUGGAGGCCCAGGGAGAGAAGAUCCGAGACCUGGAGAGCUCUCUGGAGGAGCACUACCACAAACUCAACUCCACUGAGGAAAUGCUACAGCAGGAGCUGCUGAGCCGGACCUCAUUGGAGACCCAGAAACUGGAUCUGAUGGAUGAGGUUUCCUACCUGAAACUGAAGCUGGUCAACAUGGACGAGGAACAGAACCACAACGACAGCAGCGAGGAUCAGCAGAACAAAGCUGAGUGUGUGGUAAAUCUGAUUAGCGAGCUCCAGGAGCAGAUGUGUAGGUUUCAGGAGGAGAUCCAUACCCGGAUCAUGGAGAAACGGGCCAUGGAGGCCCAUGGGGAGAGUGGUGCCCGCAAGGCCUACGACCAGUGCCCCGACGUGGGCUUGGGUGGCUCUGACGUGGAGGAGUUUUGCUGUCGCUGUGGAGGACAGAAUGGCUUCCUGCAAGAACUCCGGUUUCUCAAGAGUAAAGUGGAUGAGCUGGAGGGGGAGAAAUCGCAGUAUGAGAAAAAACUAAAGGCCACAAAGGCAGAGAUAGCAGACCUACAGCAGAUGCUGGCUUCCAAAGACUCUGCGAUUGAGGGCCUACAGAGCCAGCUGGUCUCCAGAGGCCCAAUGACCAAUGAGAACCCAGAGAGAGACCAAGAAUUGCAAAGGUUGAAAAUGGGGAUGGAGUCUUUGGUAGCAACUAACUAUGAGAAAGACCGUCACAUAGAGGAGCUGACUGUCCUCCUGGGCAAGUACAGGAAGAUGAAGGAGGUGAUGGCCCUCACUCAAGUGUCCAGUGAGAAGCUCCUGGUUGGGAGCAGUGAGGAGGAACUGAGUGGGAGUCUGAAGAUGAGGGCUCUCACCCAUAAAGCUCAUUCAGACAUCAUCCGGUCAGAGAUGUCUUCUAGAGGCUCCUCUCCCCUGUUAGUGUCUCCCUCAUCCUUCCAGAAAGAGCUGGACUCCAGCUGCCGCAGUAUACAGACCUCCCUGGAGACGUCGAUGGUGAUGGUCUCUCAGAGUGAUGCUGGCUUCUUCUACAACGGAGAAUGGUCCCAACCACGGAUGCUUUCAAGUAGCCUGGAGGAGUUAAAAAGCGGAUCGUUACCAAAGCAUGUAGUGGUGGGUCAACCAGUUGAACCGGUUUCAGAGAAUCAGCACAUGGAAAUGAACAAAUAUCAGACCCUACCAGGGAAGCUGUCUCGAUCUGACAUGAAUGGGGAUCGAGAGCAGUAUUCUACACCAGACCAGCUGUCCCCUGACGAUAGCGAGGACAGUGAGUUUCACCUAAGAAAGUCGGAGAGACUGGAUGAGUCCACGCUGUCAGACUUGUCUCCCCUGUCGUCUGGAGUGGACUCAGGACAGCAGUCCCCUGUCUCUCCAGAGAACAAGAAGAACCACCGGGGCAUCAAGAAGCUCUGGGGAAAGAUAAGGAAGACCCAGUCUGGCAGCCUGCAGGGAGAGGACCUUGAGCCUGGAGAGUUUAAGAGGGGGGGACUGAGAGCCACCGCCGGCCCUUGCCUGGCCCGGGCCGGAGAGACAUUGACCUCUGUGCGGGAUCUGAAGACGCCCUUCUCCAAGUGGACUCCGGAGCAGGUGUGUUGCUGGCUGGAAGAGUAUGGGCUGGGACAGUAUGUGAUUCUGGCCCGACACUGGGCCGACAGCGGGCAAACUCUCCUCUCUGCCUCACCACAGGAUUUAGAGAAGGAGAUGGGGAUUAAGAAUCCACUGCACAGAAAGAAGCUGCAGCUGGCCCUGAAGUCGUUCAGCACCAAACUGACAGAGAAAUCCUCUGAACUGGACCACAUCUGGGUCACACGUUGGCUUGAUGACAUUGGUUUACCUCAGUACAAGGAUCAGUUUCACCAGGGAAGGGUAGACGGCAGAAUGCUUCAGUACUUGACAGUGAACAACCUCUUGUUCCUGAAAGUGACCAGUCAGCUCCAUCACCUCAGUGUGAAGUGUGCUAUCCACGUCCUUCACGUCAACAAGUUCAACCCCAACUGCCUGAAGAGAAGGCCUGGGGAUGAGAACAAGACGUCUCCCUCGGAGGUGGUUCAGUGGUCUAACCACAGGGUGAUGGAGUGGCUUCGCUCGGUGGACCUGGCGGAGUACGCUCCCAACCUGAGGGGCAGCGGGGUGCACGGGGGCCUUAUCAUUCUGGAGCCUCGUUUUAACUCAGACACCCUGGCCAUGCUGCUGAACAUCCCCCCUCAGAAGACCCUGCUGCGACGCCACCUGGCCACCAACUUCAACAUGCUGGUGGGCUCCCAGGCUCAGCAGGAGAAGAGGGAGUUCAUGGAGUCAUCUGGCUACACUCCCCUCAGCACCACAGCCAAACCAAAGAAGUUGGGCUUCUCAAACUUCGGCCACCUGAGGAAGAAGAGAUGUGAUGACUCGACUGACUACAUCUGCCCCCUGGAGGCGGCCCAGGCCCAGGCUCAGCUCCAAGCGGUGGUGAACGGGGCCCACCGGCCCUACUCCGGCUUCAGGGGCCUCAGCCCAAUCCUGGACAGAGACCCAGACAGACGAGAGCAGGUGGGGCCAUACAGCUGAUGAUGUCACACUACUGUAUCUACCUACCCAUCACUACUCAGCUUGCAGCCAAUAACCCCACCUCUUCCUGCUAUGCCCAUCCAACGCUACCCAAAACCCACCCCAGCACACCCACCUCCACACCCGUCACGUGCCAUCAUCUAACACCCAACAACUAAACCUAGCGUUGGGCAUGAGCUGCUUCUAGAUACUUAGGUUGUUUUUACACAGGAAGCCCAAUUCUGAUCUUUCUUCCACUAAUUGGUCUUUUGACCAAUCACAACAGAUAUUUUUCAGAGCUGGGUUUAUUGGUCAAAAUACCUAUUAGUGAAAACCCCUCCUAUGUUCUCUGUGGAUCUACAAGCCUUGUGUUCAGCUGUGAUAUAUUAGCCAGGGGUGUCAUGUACCAUUAUUUUAGAGACGGCACAAAGUAUGUAAAGAUGUACGGGUGGUGGCCCCCUGGAAGUUGGAGAAUUUUGCAAUUUUCAAACACCUGAAACAGCUUUUUCCUGCCAUCUAGAGCCAUAAUCAUUAUGCCGAAUUCAAUGUUAAAAGAAAAAGACAGUUUUUCUGCAUCGGUUAUCUAAGCAUACCUCUUUACCUGUUCAAUUGUAAUUUGAAUGAAGGUGUCAUUCUGACUGUUGUAAAUCCCACAUCUCAAUAUAUUGCACUAACAUGCCUAGGAUGUUACUUCCAAAUUACAACACAGCACGUGGGAUCAUAACACACAUCAUCAAUACAGGCACAUAUCAUGGCAUCCUAAUUACUACACAAAUAUCAUGAUAUUAUCAUAAGGUGCCAGAUUACAUUUAAACCAAGUCUUUUUCUGCAUAUCUAAGCAUACCUCAUGAGCUGUCAGUAUCCUACUGACUGGCGAUUCUUUUUUUAAAAGAAAUUAAAUAUGCUUCUCUGCAUAAAUCUGGGUAAAAGACUGAAAGAAUGUGAGUCUUAUUCAGUACAUUUAGUAAUUGCUUGCAUUUCCAAAAUUUGGCAACCUUGCCAGCAGGCAUGCCAUCUACGAUAGUUGGACAAGCUACUCUAACUUGAUUGACAGCCCGAAAUGGCUUGAUAGCUUGUUAUGAGGUUGGGAGACCGGGAACCAACUUCAUAAAAUUGUAAGGUGGCUAGUAAUACAGAGAAACAACAAAACAUUUUUGUUUUAUUUAUUCAUUAUUAAGAAGGAAUCAAUUGGCUACGUAGCUUGAUCAAAUUCAUUUACAAACCUACUUCCUGCCAGUCCUGCCCAUCACCGACAUCUAAAAUCAAAAUCAAACGCUAUGUGUGUCCUAGCAUAUCUUUGCUCUCCAGGGUGCACCUUGGAAGUAACCACUUACUUGGGGGGGGGGUACUCUUUGCCUGGUCCAGUCAGUGUGCCCCCUCUGCAAAAUACUGCUAAGAGAUCUUUUUAUAAAUAAUUACGAUGAAAUGUGUCCUUAAAAAUGAAGUUUAGUAAUUCCUUUUACAUGUGCCCUUGUGCCCCAUAUGAGCAUGACGCUUUCUGAUAUUAUCACAUCAGCCCUUUAACGCACUAAGAUUAUGCCACUGAUGUAAACAACAUUGUGCAUCAUUUUAUUGAUCAUUUUAACACAAAUAUAUUUGAGAUUCACCUAAUGGUAUUGAUCCAUUGUUUUAAAAUGUUUUUCUAACCAGUAGAAAGCAAUGUUGCUUGUUUGUCAGACAGUUGUGGAAUGAAGUUGUGCAAUAUUUGCAUAUGGAGGUAUAUAUUUAUGUUGGUAAAUUGAAAGAAGUACAAUGGAAAGUACAAUGAGAUUGUAUAGCUGUGUACAUUUUGACGGAAUCCAGAUUGUGAUUAUCAUGCACUGUUCUUUUCAAAUGUGACUGUUAUAAUAUUUGUUAUAGUUAAAGAUUACGCUUCAAUCAAGGAAGCCCUCUUGUUGUCAUUAAUUGUAAAUAGUACUAUCCAAAUCCGUCAAUAAAAAUCAUAAGUGUGA